UGGCGGGAGCGGUUGCUGCGUUCUCGUUGCGGGGUGAGGCCUCGCCCGGGGACCUUGCCUGCCGCCACCCCCACACUCCCUCCCCCGGCGGCGCGAACCCCGGCGGUCCCUCUCGGGACGCAGAUAGACCGUGCAGAGCGGGCCACGUCCGCUGUGUACGGCCCUCGCGGUCUCCUCGGGGUUGUCCCGCUCCGUGACCCCUGAACGGGGAAGGCUGGUGGCCGGGACAGGCGGCGAGCUGGCGCUCUGCGGGCUGCUGCGGGCGGCGGGGCGCGCCAGUGCUGAGCCUCCGGGUGCCGGUCUCGGGUCGCCCGGCUCUCAGCCCCGUGCGGUCCGCUCCCGCGUCUGCGUCCGCGAGGCCGGGGUGCAGCCCGGCCGCGGUGCUUUUCCGCCUGCUGGGGGCCGGGAGCUGAGAAGGGGUGGGCAUGGCCAGCGUCCCGCAGCUGUUGGACGACCUGUGCGAGGCCCUCCUGCCAGCCGCGAAGGCUCCCCUGGGCCAGCGCGGCGUGAGCCGGCAGAGGGCAAAGCAGAGCCUCAAGAGGGUGGCCUACAAUGCCCUCUUCACGGGCCUUUUUCAAGACGAGACUCGCAGACUGCAGCCUGAUCUCGCGAAGCUCCCCGUGAAGAACAAGGUCCUCAUGCUGUCCUUCGACUUGAGAGUGGGCGGUCUGGGCACCGAGGCUGACCGUCUGGAGGAGCUGGUGGAGGAGCUCCUCGCGGCCCCUUGCGGUCCGCUGGUGGAGGUGGGGUCUGUUUUGGACCUCCUAGUGCAGCUGGCAGGGAGCGGCCCCCCUCAGGUGCUGCGGCGCAAGAGGGACUACUUCUGGAACAACAGGCACGUGGGGCGAAACGUGCCCUACGGCGGCUACGACUGCUACGACCUGAGUGUGUUUGAGUUGGACGUCCAGUCUUUGAUCUCCAGGGAGGAGUACUUAUGUCAGGACAUGAUCCAGAAGGCGCUUCAGGUGAUGGAGGCGGCCCCAGGCACUGGCCUGCCCACCACGGGGCUCUUCUCAUAUGGGGAUCCUUGCAGUGACAGGUUUGAGAGAGACACCCGGGUCUCGCUUUUCGGCGCCCUUGUGCACAGCCGCACAUAUGACAUGGACGUGCGGCUGGACCUGCCCCCGGUGCCGGACAGUGCAGACCUCUCUGGAUUGGCCAUUAAGGUUCCUCAGAGUGUGGAUCAGUCUGACGAUGAAGGGUUCCAGUCGGCAUCUAAUUUGACUCCUGACUCCCAGUCUGAACCAGGCAUGACUCCAGACAUCGACCUGUGGGACGCCGUGCUCACCUACGAGGCCAGCAAGCGGAGGUGCUGGGAGCAAGUUGGAUGCCCCCCCGGCCACAGAGAGGAGCCGUACCUCACCGAGGCCGGAAGGGACACCUUCGACAGGUUCUGCAGGCUCCGCCACGGGGAGCUGCAGGUGCUUGGCGGGGGCCUGCUACAGGCCCCACCGCUUGUCCUGGUGAAGGAGUGUGAGCUGGUGAAGGACGCGCUGAACGUCCUGAUCGGGGUCGCGUCGGCCACGUUUUCCCUCUGCCAGCCGGCCCAGACCUUCAUGGUGAAGCGAGGUGUCCAUGUGUCCGGAGCCUCUCCCGAGAGCGUCAGCAGCCUCCUCUCCGAGGUGGCCGAGUGUGGGACGCACUACGCACGUCUGAGCCAGUUCUCUCUGCAGCCUGUGCUGGACUCCUCGUGCGGCAAGGGCCUCGUGUUCCAGGCCUUCACCAGCGGCCUGAGGAGGUACCUACAGUACUAUCGGGCCUGCGUCCUCUCCACCCCACCCACCCUGAGCCUCCUCACCGUUGGCUUUCUCUUCAAGAAACUGGGGCGGCAGCUCAGGUACCUGGCCGAGCUCUGUGGCGUGGGCACUGUGCUCCCAGGUAGCGGCAGCGGGGAACCCAAGGCCGCCUUCCCCACCGGGGUGAAGCUGCUCUCCUACCUGUACCAGGAAGCUCUGGAUAAUUGCAGCAACGAGCACUAUCCCGUGCUGCUGUCCCUGCUGAAGACCAGCUGCGAGCCCUACACAAGGUUCAUCCACGACUGGGUGUACAGUGGCGUCUUCAGAGAUGUCUGCGGCGAGUUCAUGAUCCAGGUGAACCACGAGUACUUGGGCUUCAGAGAUAAGUUUUACUGGACCCAUGGCUAUGUGCUCAUUUCCAAAGAGGUGGAGGACUGCGUCCCCGUGUUCUUGAAGCACAUUGCCCAUGAUGUGUACGUCUGCGGGAAGACCAUCAACUUGCUGAAAGUCUGCUGCCCCCGGCAUUACCUCUGCUGGUCUGAUGUCCCCGUCCCUCGGAUCUCGGUGAUUUUCUCCCCUGAGGAGUUGAAGGAGGUCGAGAGGGACUGUGCCAUCUACGUGGGGCGGAUGGAGAGGGUGGCACGCCACAGCUGCAUCAGCAAGGAGGAGAAGGAAUUACGAAUGGAAAUUGCAAAGCAAGAAUUGAUUGUCCAGGCUCGGGAAGCAGCGUCCAGAGUCCUGCGAGCGCUCAGUGAUCGGCAGACCUCGGAACGCAUGGCCUUGGACGCCCGGAAGCGAGAGCAGUUUCAGAGGCUGAAGGAGCAGUUUGUGCAGGACCAGGAGCGGCGCCGGGCAGCCCGGCAGGAGGCCCUGGAUGAUGACGCCGGCCGAGUGCGAGAGCUCUGCGACAGGGAGAGGCGGCUGAGGGCCCUGGAGGAGCAGCUGGAGAGGAAGGCGAGGCAGGCGCUGGUUGACCAUUAUAGCAAGUUGUCGGCAGAAGCUGCUCGCCGAGAGCAGAAGGCGCUGUGGAAGAUCCAGAGGCGCCGCCUGGCAAGCGCGCGGCUUCGUUUCCUCGUGGAGGAUCAGGAGCACAUUCAGGGGAUGCUGAAGGACGUGUCUGAGGGGAAGGCCCUGGAGCCCCUGGCUGUCCUCCCUGUUGCUGGCUCCCAGACUUUGUCUUUGGGCUGUGAGCACCCCGCCGGUGGCAGCAGCUCCGACUCCGGGUGUGCAGAGCCGCGGCAUGUGGCUGCCUGGGACCGCCCGAAUGUGGGGACGCUGGAGCAAGUCAGGCCACCAGCUGCAGGGGCCUGCGGCUUGGGGCCAGGAGCUGAGCCGCGGCCGGGGUCGGGGGCCGGGCCGGGGCCGUUCUCCGAGGGCCUCAGCAUCCAAGACUUCCUGCCCAGAGCCCGGGAGGCCGAGCCGCCUGCGCAUGCCGGUGUGGCCCCUGUCCUGGAGGAGGCGUUACAAACCAUCGGCUCCGACCUGCCUCCCUCGGCUCCAUCUGAUGUGGUGGCCACAGGGCCUGCUGGGCCACAGGAGUAUGAUUUCAGAACCAUCCUGAGGCCCGCUGUGGCCCCCUUGGCUUCCCCAGGGUCCCUGCAGACUGUAGGAGGUGGCUUGAGCAAUGAGGGGCAACAGCUGUGGCGGGACAGUGUCACACAGCCAGAGGACACAGGUGUCCCAGAUAGACACGUGGCUCUGCCUCACCCCCACCCCGCUGGGCACACCGUCCCCCAGGAAGGGAGCAGUCAGGCCAUGGGGCAGCUCCUUGAGCAUGUGUCAGAGGGCAGCGUUCCCAUAGGCGGCUGUACUUCUGGGAUGGCCCCCUCUCGACCACGGUGGAACGUCCAUGGACACGUGUCUGAUGCCAGCAUCAAGGUGGGGGAGAACGUGUGGGAUGUGGCCCCCUCCCGACCGCGGUGGAAUGUCCACGGACACGUGUCUCAGUCCCACGUGGCGCUGAGUGCACUCUCUGGGCAAGGCCAGCCUAAUAUGCCCAGGCCCUGCCAGAGCCUCACUGACCAGGUGUCCCAGUCGGGUCUCAGUCUGGGAGCACAGAGUCCCGUCUGUGAGCAUGAGCCACGACUGCCUGCAGAGACGGCUGGUUCCAGUGGUGGGGAGCCACAUGGCCUCCAGGCUUUGCCGUCCGCAGUGGCUGCAUCUGGGGACCUGGGUGAUGGUAUCCCUGAAGAGCCAGGACCGGGACCGGGUAGGGACACGGAGGACCUCUCUCCAAGUCACCCUCCAAGCUCACAGGAUGACGUGGCGGCCCAGAGCAGCCCCGGCCUUGGUGAGGAGGCGGCCGCGGCCCAGCGCUGGGGCCAGGAGCAGGCCUACCUAGCGGGUCUGGCAGAGCAGUACGGGCUGGAGCAGUACCCGGACAGCUAUGAGGCCAUGUCAGAGCCUCCUGUUGCCCACCUCCUACACCAUGGGCUUCCCCGGGCCUUCGCCCUCCCGGAGGACCCCCGCGUCCCAUCGGACGCGGAUGAGACCGCGGUGCAGCUGAGCGAGCUCCUGCCGCUGCCUGUGCUCAUGAAGCACUCCAUCAGCGCCCCGCUGGCCGCGCACGUCUCGUUGGUGAACAAGGCCGCCGUGGACUACUUCUUCGUGGAGCUGCGGCUGGAGGCGCACUUCGAGGCGCUGCGGCAUUUCCUGCUCAUGGAGGACGGCGAGUUCGCACAGUCGCUCAGCGACCUGCUCUUUGAGAAGCUGGGGGCGGGCCAGACGCCUGGGGAGCUGCUCAACCCACUGGUGCUCAACUCCGUGCUCAGCAAGGCCCUGCGGUACAGCCUGCACGGCGACACGCCGCACGCCGCCAACCUCUCCUUUGCCCUCAAGUUCCUGCCCGAGGCCUUCGCCCCCAAUGCGCCCGAUGUGCUGAGCUGCCUGGAGCUCAGGUACAAGGUCGACUGGCCCCUGAACGUGGUGCUCACUGAGGGCUGCCUGAGCAGGUACAGCGGCAUCUUCUCCUUCCUGCUGCAGCUCAAGCUCAUGAUGUGGACGCUCAAGGACGUCUGCUUCCACCUGAAGCGCGCAGCUCUGGUGAGCCGCGCGGCCGGCUCCGUGCAGUUCCGCCAGCUGCAGCUCUUCAAGCACGAGAUGCAGCACUUUGUCAAGGUCACGCAGGGCUACAUCGCCAACCAGAUCCUGCACGUCACCUGGUGCGAGUUCCGGGCCCGGCUGGCGCAGGUGGGCGACCUCGAGGACAUCCAGCGCGCGCACGCCGAGUACCUGCACAAGGCCGUGUUCCGGGGCCUGCUGACCGAGAAGGCCGCGCCGGUCAUGAACGUCAUCCACAGCAUCUUCAGCCUCGUGCUCAAGUUCCGCAGCCAGCUCAUCUCCCAGCCCUGGGUCCCUGCCAGCGGCCCCCGGGGCGCAGAGCACCCCAACUUCGCCCUCAUGCAGCAGUCCUACAGCACCUUUAAGUACUACUCCCACUUCCUCUUUAAAGUGGUGACCAAGCUGGUGAACCGAGGCUACCAGCCCCACCUGGAGGACUUCCUGCUGCGCAUCAACUUCAACAACUACUACCAGGACGCCUGAGGCUGUGCAACACAGCCGGGCUCUGGAAUCAUCCAGGUUCAUUUUUCCAGUGAACCCCCCCCACCCCUCCUUCGUUCGGUUCCUCGCGCGGGGGUCGCUGGCCCCGGCCCCCACGG